AUGGAUCCUGUUUCACUGACGGUUUCUAUCUUUGCCUUAGCGAAGACGGCGGCCGUGAUAACCAAUGCAAUCCAGGCUGUUUCCUCCUCGGACGUGUCGACAGGGAUAGAAAAUCUGUCAACCGCAUUCAAACACACGUUCGAUGCUGUCCAACGGCUCAAGAUCCUUGCAGAAGAGCCUGGUCAAUUCGAGGGAAAAGAGGGCCUCUGCGAGGAAGCGCUUGGAGUGGUUGCAGACACGCACAAGACUUUGACCGAGUUGCGAAAGAGAAUUGAGAAACUUCAGCCGCCUGAGAAAUCUAAGGGCACAUGGCGUUCGCUUCAGAUACGGACUCGGUAUCAAUGGAGUGAACGCUCUGUACAGACUCUGUUGCUGCGACUGCAAGAGCGACGACAAGCGUUGUCUUCAGUGUCUGAUACUUUUGCUAGAGUCCAGGCCAGUACGAUACAGUCACAUGCAGCAGCUAUCCGUGUCACGACAGAUCAAAUCAGAGCCGAGACCACGCAACUCAGGGCACAGAUUGAGGGCAUUAACGCCCAAUUCCAGGAAGCCGUGACGCGACUGCGCGAGGCUGGUCUACCGCCGGUAACGGCGAACCUUGCCGAAGCAGACGACCCAGGGACAUCAGCGACACAGACAGUACCCAGGGACAGUGACAGUGAUUCCGAUUCGCCCGUCGAUGUCCGCACCUCCAGUCAUCCAAGGGAUGCAUCCCAGUCAGCGGUGUCCAAGCCUUCUGCGCCUGCUCCGUUACUAAAGCAGAAGAACAUCUCCCUGCUUCUGAAAGCCUCUUCUGGCCACGAGAUGCAAUUAGCUCGCAAAAGGUAUGCUACAAUAAAAGCGGCCGAGGUAGCCCGAGGUAUUACACGGCAGCAGGACCAGAACCUAAGAUCGCUUGUGAGAUCUUUGGCCGCAGCAGAAGCUGCCACCAAAGGCUUGACAAGCCCCGAAAUAGCCUCAGCGGCUCUUGCUUUAGGUAAAGCCUAUCGUGAUGCUGCUCUCUACGAAGAUGCCCUGCAAGUCUACAAGGAGGCUCUAACUGCUAGAGAGGCCAUCUUCGGCGCCACUAAUUCUAUCACAUUGAACAUCUGGGACAGUAUCGCCCAGGUUCAUGUGAUCCAGUCUCGCUGGUCAGACGCAUUGGCAUGCUACCAGAUAUUACUGGAAGGGAGAAUGCAGGAUCCGAAGGCUGGACAAGGCCAUCCCUCGACUCUCACAGCCGCGACCAAGGUAGCGAGGAUGCAGCAACAGCUGGGUCAUCACGAUGAGGCAGCCACACAAUGCGCCAACGUCCUGUCAGCAUAUGCGUCGCAGAACAAGAGUCAGUCCUUGCCUGCUUUCGCGGUUCGUUUGCAGAUUGCGGAGAUUUACCAAGCUCAGGGCAAGCUUGAUGAGGCCGUCAUAGCAUAUACCGCCCUCCGCGACCAAACCAGAAACGUGAAGGGGGGCGAGCGCCUCGCAGAACAAGCGGAUGCGGCGAUUCGAAAGAUCCAAGAAGACAAACCCGAGCCCACGACUGAAACCUCGGACGAGGAAUCAGAACCUGGAGACCGCUCCGGAAUGGCGUUGUGUACGAAGGACGCCGAGCUAAUCAACACAUGCCGCCGACAGCUGGAAGAGCUGGGCGCAGUGCUAGGCAGGUCGCACCCCGACACCCUGGCCAAGAUGUACGAGCUUGCUGUGGCAUACUCCAGCGCUGAUCAACACCGAAAUGCGAUAGGCUGGUUUCAAGAAGUUGUGACAGGACGAACCAAGGUGUUUGGGCCGGACCACCCCUUGACUUUAGACGCUACUCACCAAAUGGCAGCAUCGUACGAAGAGCUUGGUGAUCUGGACAAGGCCUUCGAGCAUUAUCACACGUCUCUGAGCCGUCGUGAGACGAAGCUCGGUGAUGAUCACCCUCAGACACUGUCUUCCGUUGUGGCGAUUUCGAUGGUCUACAGUGCCCGAGGAGACAAUAACGUGGCGAGAGAUCUCCUUCUCAGAGCGGUAGACGGCUAUACUCGUCGAUACAGUGCCGACCACAGUGCCACUCUGUCGGCAAAAUACAAACUCGCCGAGGUCUAUCGAGAGAAGGCGUUGCUGCAGCGUUCUCUCGAACUGCAUCGAGAAGUGUUGGACAGAAGAAUCGCCACUCUCGGUCCCAAUAACGCCGUGACUUUGAAUUCGGAGCGCGCCGUGGGCAACGUCUACCGCCGCAUGAAGCAAUUCGAUAUGGCCAUCACGCACCUUCAGCGUGUGCUCGAAGGGAGAGAGAAGACAUUCAGACGUGUUCACUCGUUGACGAUCUCCGUCGCUCUGGAUCUUGCUUCGAUUUACUGGAAUACCGACCGACCGGGCAACGCGGUUGUCUACUACCAGCAAGCGUUCGAAGGAAUCCAGCACCAGGAGCCCGACUCUCCAACUGCUGGGCUUGUCACGAUGUCAAACAUUGCACUGUGUUACUAUACUCUCGGUGAUUAUGCUGAAGCACUUUCCUGGUACAAGAAGAUGUUGACUAUCCAAGAAAGCGAGCACGGCUUGACCCACGAGGAGACCAUUUACACCGCGGAGCAAGUGGCGCGAUGCUGCAUGGAGAUUGAAGAGUGGGUCACUGCCAUCGAGCUGUUCCAGCGCGUGAUAGCAUCCAAGCAGAAAUCAUUAUCAGACAGUCCGUCGGAGUGGAGCUUCAACCUCUUCCAACUGGCUCUGGCGUGCUUUAAGAAGGGGAUGUACAACGAAUCAUUGGCAUGGAGCCGCCGCAUCCUCGACCUGGAAGACAAGAUCAGGCCAGAAGAACGGCUCGCCACCAUGAGGAGGACGGCGGUUAUUCUUUCCAAGCAAGCCAAACUGGAAGAAUCAUUGGAGACAUAUCAGAAGGCCCUCGAUGAAUGCAAAAAAAGUCUGGGAGACGACCACUGGCUUGCAGAGAGUAUCCUGGAUGAGAAGAGCGAGCUCUAUCUGCAGAUCGACGGCGCAACAUUCGUCGCUCGAGACUACCAGAAAACCCUCGACGAGCUCCAAAGGACAGUCAACAAGGACAACUACAAGUCUCUAAAGAUCCUGUACAAGUUCGCGGAUGUCCAUCUCGAGCAGCACCGAUACCAAGAAGCACUCAAUCUCUACACCACCGUGCUCGAAGCGGUGGAGAAGUCUUCCCAUAGACACGAGGCGGCCUUUACAAACCUAUGCAACGCGUGCAUCUCAGACAUUGCCACCUGCCACAUGAAGCUGUUCAACACGCACCUGGCACUUUCAUUUCUCGACCGACUGAUCUGCUGCGGUGACGACGAGUACCGCCUGGGCGCACUCGUGCGCAUCGGCAACACGCAAGAGAAGCAGGGCGAAUACGUCGCCGCCAUCGAGACGUACAAGCACUCCUGGACCUCGAGACCGCCAAAGUAUCAGGACGCACUGACCUGGACGAACCGGGCGCUGCAGGGAUUUCAGGCACUCGGCACGGAUACGCAGGCCGAGACCUUCGAGACGCUCGACUUCCUCUCCAGCGUCUACUGCCACCUCGGCCGCUUCCAGGACGCCACACGCGUUCAGAAGGAAGCCAUGGAAGGGUUUGCCCGCGUUCGCGGGCCUCAGCACGCUUCAACACUCAAGGCGACGCUGGAUCUCGCGGAGAUGUAUGGUGCCUUGGAGCGCAAGGAGGAGGCCAACCAGCUGUAUCAGAGGGCGUUGAGCGGGUACGAGGCUCGAGUCAAGGAGGUCAGGGAUGAGGGCACGACGGAGUUGGGCGAAGAGCACCGAGUCGUGAGGGAGCUGAAGGGCAAGAUCCGGGAGAUUAGUGGGCAUGGGAGUGCGAGAUACUGA